CUCUGUUUCCAUGCACCACACAGCGUAAAAGCAUCCGUAAAGAUCACAGAGAGAGGAAAGAGGCAUAGCAAAAACCUACCAAGCAAAUGUAGCUAAUCUAGCUAUCAAAUUCCCAUUAGGCGGAAGUCAAAUACUGUUCCUGCCCUGGCUUGCUCUCCUUUCUUUCUGCCCUUCUCUCCUUUGAGCAGUCAAACAAAGAAGCUACAGCCUACAGCAACAUUCUCAAACCGAGGAACCCAUCUCAGUGGUGGGUGUGUGUGUGUUCACAGGGCUGAUCUAGGUCAGAGGACAGUAGUAUUUGUCUGCCCAUGAGAAGGGAAUUACGACCUCUAAAAUGAGUCUCUCUGCAGAGAGAGAGGAGGGGGACAGUUUUUCAAAAAAGAUUGUCUCAGGCGAGAAAGAGGAGCAGGAGAGACCCGUGUCUCCUGUACCCAGCUGUGUGUCCAUGGAGAGUGACAUGUCAAUCGAUGCUCCAUAUAACUUCAGUAAAGAACCAUUGUCCAGUGAACAGGGGGUCCAUCAUGAGAGACCAGCGUCUCCUGUAACCAGCUGUGUGUCUAUGAAGAGUGACCAGUCUAUGGGACCACCAAUCAACUUUUCCAGUGAACAGGGGAUCCAACAAGAGAGACCAGUGUCUCCUGUACCCAGCUGUUUGUCUAUGAAGAGUGACAAGUCUAUGGACCUGCCAAUGAGGUUCAGUAAUGAACCACUUAUGUCAAAUAAAAGGGUCCCUCCACUCCCUCAGCAGAUACAAGACUGUCCUCCUUCCUGCACUGUGUCCAUGGAGCCAUAUGAAGGAGCGAAUGUCUUACCCGUAGAUCAGAAAAUGCACCAAAAUGUCAGUGCUGAGGCAGAAAUUCAAGAGAAGCUCAAAUCAACUCUGAAGAAGAGAUUUCAGUGUGUUUUUGAGGGACUAGCACAGCAAGGAAACCCUACACUUCUCAAUGACAUCUACACAGAGAUUUUCAUCACUGAAGGUGGAAGUGGAAAGGUCAAUAAUGACCAUGAGAUAAUACAGAUUGAGGCAGCAUCCAGGAGACCAGCAACACAAGAUACACCAAUCAAAUGUAAUGACAUCUUUAAACCCUUACCUGGACAAGACAGGCAUAUAAAAGCUGCGUUGACAAAGGGAGUCGCUGGCAUUGGAAAGACCAUUUCCGUGCAGAAGUUUAUUCUGGACUGGGCCGAAGGAAAAGCCAAUAAGGAUAUUCAGUUCAUAUUUCCACUUCCUUUUCGUGAGCUGAAUUUGAUGAGGACGGAGAGAUGCAGUUUGAUGGAACUUUUACAAUCUUUUUUCAUGGAAAUUAAAGAAUCCAAAAUGAUUAACUAUGAUGAGUGCAAAGUCCUGUUUGUAUUUGAUGGUCUGGAUGAGUGUCGACUCCCUCUUGACUUCCAGAACAAUAAGACCUGUUUUGAUGUCUCAGAGUCAACCUCAGUCGAUGUGCUGCUGACAAACCUUAUUAAAGGGAAUCUGUUACCCUCUGCGCUUCUCUGGACAACCUCCCGACCUGCAGCAGCCAAUCAGAUCCCUCCUGAGUGUGUUGACCAGGUGACAGAGGUACGAGGGUUCAAUGACCCACAGAAGGAGGAGUACUUCAGGAAGAGAUUCAGUGAUGAGAACCUGGCCAGCAGAAUCAUCUCACACAUUAAAUCCUCAAAGAGUCUCUACAUCAUGUGCCACAUACCAGUUUUCUGUUGGGUUUCAGCCACUGUUCUAGAGAGAAUGUUGGGUGAAGCAGAGAGUAGAGAGAUCCCCAAGACUCUGACUCAAAUGUGCGCACACUUCCUGAUCUUUCAGACCAAACAGAGUAGUAAAAAGUAUCUUGGAGAAGAUUACAAUGAUCACCACUGGAAUACAUUAAUGAUAAUGAAACUGGGGAAACUGGCUUAUCAACAGCUGGAAAAAGGUAAUCUGAUCUUCUACGAGGAAGACCUAAGAGAAUGUGGCAUUGAUGUCACAGAAGCAUCCGUGUACUCAGGAGUGUGCACACAGAUCUUUAGAGAGGAGAAAGGGCUGUGCCAGGGGAAGGUAUACUGCUUUGUACAUCUAAGCAUUCAGGAGUUUUUAGCUGCUUUGUAUGUGUUUCUCACAUUCAAAAACAGCAAUGUAAAUCUUCUCUCUCAAGGUGUAAAUAUUAAGACAAUGUCAGGAGAAACACCUGCAUUGUUUCUACACAAAAGUGCAGUGGACAAGGCCUUACAAAGUAUGAAUGGACACCUGGACCUGUUCCUCCGUUUCCUUCUGGGCCUAUCACUGGAGUCCAAUCAAACUCUCUUACAAGGCUUACUGUCACAAACAGAAAGCAAGUCCCAAAGCAGUGAGGAAACAGCCAAGUACAUAAAGAUGAAGAUCAGGAAGAAUCCCUUUCCAGAGAGGUGCAUCAACCUGUUCCACUGUCUGAAUGAACUGAAUGACAUUUCUCUAGUGGAGGAGAUUCAAAGCUAUCUGAGCUCAGGAAGUCUCUCAAAAGCUGAACUGUCACCUGCACAGUGGUCCGCUCUGGUCUUUGUUUUGCUGACUUCAGUGGAGAAGCAGGAUGUGUUCGAACUGAGAAAGUAUUUCAGAUCAGAGGAGGGUCUUCUUAGGCUGCUACCAGUGGUCAAAGCCACCAGAACAGCAAUCCUGAAAGAUUGUAACUUGACUGAAAGAUGCUGUAAGUCUUUGGCUUCAGCUCUCAGAUCGAACUCUUCUUCACUGAGAGAGCUGGACCUGAGUGACAAUAAACUGCAGGAUUCAGGAGUGAAGCUGCUCUCUGAUGGAUUGAAGAGUCCAGGUUGUAAAUUGAAGACACUGAGGCUGAAGAGCUGUGGUACCACAAAGGUUGGCUGUGCUUCUCUGGCUUCAGCUCUAAGGUCAAACUCCUCACACCUGAGAGAGCUGGAUCUGAGCAGGAAUAUCCUUGGAGACUCUGGGCUAAAGCUGCUCUCUACUGUACUGGAGGAUCCACACUGUAAACUGGACAUACUGAGCCUUUCUGGUUGUGGAGUCACAGAAGAGGGCUGUACUUCUCUGGCUUCAGCUCUGAGGUCAAACCCCUCACACCUGAGAGAGCUAGAUCUACAAAUGAAUAAACCAGGAGACUCAGGGGAGAAGACGCUCUCUGAUGUCUUGGAGGAUCCACUCUGUAAACUGGAGAAACUUACUGUAUAAUGUACUCUGUACAACGUUUUUGUCUGAUAAAACUAUUAUGGUACAUUUCCACCUUUUAAUGCAUUUUCAUACAUUUCAAGAAGAGUUUUCUGUGAAAAAACAUUUUCACUGCAUGUAUGGGGAAAUGUCACACAAACAUUGUUAUAACAAGAUGUCACGUUCCUGACCUGUUUUCUCUUGUUUUUGUAUGUGUUUAGUUGGUCAGGGCGUGAGUUGGGGUGGGCAUUCUAUGUUUUGUGUUUCUAUG